AGAUUCGGGACACACCAUAUAAUAUGAUCAGUGUUCGUGAACCUCUAGCUAAGGUGAGAGAAGAAACAUUCAGAAUGCAGCAGAAAACUGUUGGAAAUUCUGCUUCUGGAAGCCAAUUUAGUGAUGGGCAUUACAUGGUGGUCCCUGAUGAAGAAGAAGUGUAUGAAGAAAUUGAUCGUGACUCAAGUCAGCUCUCCGAGAAAUUCUCCUCUAUGUAUGCUUCUAUUGAACCGGAGAGAUGCGAGCUUCCACCAGCACCUCCGACUGUGGAAAGUUUAAAGUCUGUUGCUAAGGCUCACUCUAGACAAGCAUCAUUUGCCUCGGUAACUUCCUUUGAAAGCAGCGAUAUGAUGGGUGCAUCAGAAGAUGGUGUUUGCCAACCUUUCAUAGAUGUCACUGGCCUUUAUUCUGUAGUUGAUAAGUCAAAUAAGCAGCGACAAACUAUUCAUGUGACUGAAGGAGUGAACUUUCUACCUAGAUCCAAAAAUGAAGCACAAGGUAUUGAAGAAAUGUACGCCAAAGUUAACAAAAAAAGGCUUGGCUCAUCUUCAAGUACAUCAGGUGUGGAAACAACUGGAAGAUAUUCUACUGAUGAUGUGUUUGGUCCUCCAGUUCCCCCUAGAAGUCCAACAUUUGCUAUGGACAUUUCACCAGAUCCUCCCUCCAUUAUUCAUUGCCAUGCCAUUUUUCCUGUGUUGACAGACAGUUCUUUCCCUACCACUUCUCCAAGACCUCAGUCAACUGAUCUUUUAAGCAGGAAUGAUGAUAAUGAAGAUAGCGAUCCAGGAUAUGAACCAAUAAAACUGCAGGUGAACACUACUAAUGACCAAAGUUAUGAUGUAAAAUGGAAAAAAUAUACUUCUAAUGACCCAGAUUAUGAACGAGUAAGAGAAGACUCAGACGAUCUGGGCUAUGAAAAUGUUGCUCAAAAAUCUGUUAGAGACUUUACUGUAAAUGGUUUUAUAUGUCAGAGUAGAGAUGAUAAUGUAAUGAGAAAGCAGAACUUAAAGCAUCAUGGGUAUGAAAGUGUGAAGAUCCUUCACAGAAAUGAUUCUGAUGCGACAGAGUCGCAUUACGAAAAGGUAAAGCCACGAGAGUUCGACAGUAACGAUGAGUUUGGUGAUCCAGACUAUGAGCCUGUGAGAUUGAUUCAACGUCCUCAGAGUGAACCUGCAGAUCCUAAUUAUGAAACAAUACGGAGAGUGACACGGGCGGAAAGCGAUGAGACUGAUCCUGGAUACGAGUGUCUUAAAAGUCCUCCUUUAAGCACAACAUCCUUUGGUGAACCACCUUAUGAAACCGUUCCAGGUGCAGAUAAUGGUAUCAACGAACCAGGUUAUGAAAACGUGCACCACCAGGACUCGGGAAAGGGUGAAAAUACAUCAUGUCAUGUGGAAGAAUUCUUUAAUAAUCUGGUUGACCCUCCUAGUAGCCAGAUAGAAGUACAAAGAUUUUCAUGCCCAGAUGGAAUAGUUAAACAUAUAUAUGGUAAUACUCCAAACCAAAGUGAUGAUAAUGAAGAUUAUUAUGAAACUAUACCGUCUCAAAGAGAACAGAAAUCCUGUACGUUAGAAAUGCUGUCUCAGUCAACUAAUUGUAUGGUAAAUGAAGACGAAAUUAGUAAGAAUGAACAAGCAAAUAAUGUGAUAAUGAAUUCUACUGGUACCAAAAUAAAGCAAACAAACCUUAAAGAAGAUAACAUCAAAGUAAGUGAAACAUCAGAAAGUGUUGGAACUCGAACGAAGGACAGAGAUAACCAGAAUUCAUUGGUAGAGGACUUUUCAGAGUGGAGAAUUGGUCCAGUAGAGGUCUGAUAAAGAAAAGCACAAACAUUUACUAUUAUAGGAGUAAAGUAUUGAUAUGAUUGCAUACUGAAUGAAUUACAAUCUUCCACUGGAACAUCUUCCAUAGUUAAUUAGAACAUCAAUAUCUUUAGAAUGAGUAUUAAAAGUAUACUUUUUUUAGGAAACUAUUAGUACAGUUGGGACUUACUCCCAUUGUCCAAAAAAUAUAUAUGUAGAUAACCAAGUACGUAUUUGAAAUAUGUUAAACUUUCACUUUUAAUGAAUGUAGAUAACCAUGCAUGUACUGGAAAUAUGGUAAACUCUCCCCUUUUAAUGAAUGUAGAUAACCAUGCAUGUACUGGAAAUAUGGUAAACUCUCCCUUUUAAUGAAUGUAGAUAACCAUGCAUGUACUGGAAAUAUAUUAAACUCUCCCUUUUAAUGAAUGUAGAUAACCAUGGAUGUACAGGAAAUAUGUUAAACUCUCCCUUUUAAUGAUUCUUAUUGCAUCACGUAUGAUUUAUGUAGUUGUUUGUUUCUGUACAAGUUAUAAAAUGUUAUAGAUGACAUAAGUGGCUGUAGUUUAAAAAAUUAAUGUCUUUUCAACUUAUCUUACAUUUUUUCUCUUUGUAUUUAAAGUAUUCUUGGAAGGAUGGGUACAAACCGGCUAUCUUGCGAUUCUCAAAGUUUGAUGAAAUCUCUGGUUCCUAUCGUGGAAAUGUAUAUACAGGAGUAGUUAUGAUACUAGAAAGUGGAAAUAAUAGCCUAAAAGUAUGAUUGGAUGUGUAAAUCUAAUUGUACAAAAGUAUAUUUCACUGCUAAAGUGGGGAAUGUAAAAGAAAUUGGACGUCCUUCUUUAAGGAAAACAUGUAACCUGUAGCUGUUUGUGGUGCUUCAGGUCUUGAUGGUUUGUUCUCAACAGUGGGCUAAUGUUUUGUCAGUUUGAGUAUAUUAUUUUUUGAGUUAAAAGCUUUUCGAUACCACAGUUGUACAUUUAGAACACACAGAUUGUAUAAGAUAUACUGUAUGAUUUAAUAGUGUAUUCGUUCUAGACACUGCUUAGUUUGUAAUUUUUCAGGAUUCUCUGAACCCAUGACUUGAUAUAUAGACUGUGUAGGCCUUGUAACUGAUGGUUAACUUGACGUAUAGACUGUGUAGGCCUUGUAACUGAUGGUUAAUGUGAGGUAUAGACUGUGUAGGCCUUGUAACUGAUGGUUAACAUGACGUAUAGACUGUAUAGGCCUUGUAACUGAUGGUUAACUUGACGUAUAGACUGUGUAGGCCUUGUAACUGAUGGUUAACGUGACGUAUAGACUGUAUAGGCCUUGUAACUGAUGGUUAACUUGAUGUAUAGACUGUAUAG